AAACCAGAAGGAAAGCGCUCGGGACGGCGCCGGCUACGCGGGCAACCUCCUGGAGAAGCCGGCGCCCCUCGACAGGGGCCUCCAGCCCCGGCUCUCCCACGACUCGGACGGCCUGCGGAAGCUCAUCAGGAAGGAGCUGGAGAGCCUCAGGGUGAAACUGUCCCCGUACGUGGACGAAGUCCACCACAAGGUCGGCAAGCACCUGGAAGACCUUCGCUACCGGCUGCAGCCCUUCACGGAGGAGCUCCUGGACCAGGUGUCCCUGAAGGCCCGGGAGCUCCGGCGGCAGCUCACGCCCAGCCGGGAGGCGACGGCUCAGCUCCUGGAGGGCGCGGAGGAGGUGCAGCUGUUCACGGCGCACUACGCCGACGAGCUCGCCUUCCACGCCGACCAGGCGAAGGACAUCUUCCGCCCCUACUCGGAGCGGCUGGUGACCGAGAUCCACCGCAACGUGGAGGAGCUGCACAGAAACGUCGUCCCGCACGCCCGGGCCAGCCCGGAGGCGCUCAACCAGGACAUCCAGGAGCUCUCCGCCAAGCUGACCCGGGAGGCGAGGGACCUCCACCAGAAGAUCCAGAGGAACCUGGAGCAGCUGAAGGCCAAGCUGAGCCUCCCCGCCCGCGGCCCGCGGCAGCCGCCCGCCCCCCCCUCCGCCUGCGACAGCUGCUCCUGGUCCAACACGGAGAUCCAGUCCGCGGGCAGGAUCCAGGAGCAGGGGGUGCGCUACACCCUGGCUGUCGCCUCCCGUCAGGCCCGGGAGCUCCGGCGGCAGCUCACGCCCAGCCGGGAGGCGACGGCUCAGCUCCUGGAGGGCGCGGAGGAGGUGCAGCGGUUCACGGCGCACUACGCCGACGAGCUCGCCUUCCACGCCGACCAGGCGAAGGACAUCUUCCGCCCCUACUCGGAGCGGCUGGUGACCGAGAUCCACCGCAACGUGGAGGAGCUGCACAGAAACGUCGUCCCGCACGCCCGGGCCAGCCCGGAGGCGCUCAACCAGGACAUCCAGGAGCUCUCCGCCAAGCUGACCCGGGAGGCGAGGGACCUCCACCAGAAGAUCCAGAGGAACCUGGAGCAGCUGAAGGCCAAGCUGAUCCUUACCACCGUCGAAGGGAUCAUUGACAGAGCUGUCGCGGGCCUGGAGCAGGACCAGCCCGCCCGCAGGGCGACGGACGAAGAGGUGGCAAGGAAAAUAGAUGAGUUCAUUGGGAAACUGAAGCAGCUGAAAGAAGUCCGUUCCCCCUUCACCUUUAUCGUGGACGAUCCUUCAGGGAACAGCUUCGUGGAGAACCCGCGCGCACCGCAGAAGGAUGACGCCCUCGUGGUCGCUCGCUACAGGAGGACUCCCCAGCAGGCCGCCAUGCUGGGACUGGAGGUGAAGUCCGGAGGAGCGAUCGAACCGCAGGGCACCAGGAUUACCCUUCGGAUCGCAGACCCUUCCGACAUGACGAGGGACGUCCUGAAGUCGGAGACGUGCAGCGUGGAGAUCCCAGAGCUGGAGUUCGAGCUGGGGAUGGGAGCGCUGGGGGGGAAAUUCACCACGCUGGAAGGGCUGCUGAAGGACAUCAGAGACCUGGUUGAGAGAAACCCCUUCACGCUGGGGGACAGCUCCGCGCCCAGCAAAACGGAAAAGCUGCAAGAGUUCGUUGGGAAGCUGCAGGAGAUCAUAGAGGGCAAGGCGAAGGCUCACUUCAUCAUGGACGACCCUGCAGGCAACAGCUACCUUCAGGUACGGUGUUGGGCGCUCGAAAGAUGA